CAGAAGUAUCCUCGGUUCAUCAGACGCUGUCAGUGGAUACGGAGGUACCUCAGAGACGAUUCUUGACUAUGAAAAGUGAUCCUUUAUCAGAGGGAGGGCGUUGGCAUCCUUGCAGUGACAGGAAAACAACAGAUGGCGUGGUACGUGAUGAAGGGAUGCAGCGACAAGAGGAUGAGGAAGCACAUGGGGAAGCACAAAUGACUGGCGAUGGCAGUGAAAGGAGACAACUCUGUCAUCAGAAGAAUUGUAAUGGAGAAAAAGGAAGCUGUGUGGUUGAGAAGGAUGUUCACUCUGAUGAAGAGGAAAUGCAGGGAGAUACGAUGGACUAUGGCAUUUAUAAAUGGGUGGUUGUGUUUUCUUGCUUCUUUCAACAUGUUAUAACAGGGGGUUUCGAGAGAUCAGACGGUGUGCUGUACCUUAAGCUGAUCAGCAAGUUCAACCAGAGUGCCCAAGCUACGGCCUGGGUAGGGUCCUUAGCUACCACCCUAAGGCUAGUCCUCAGCCCCCUGUCAAGUGCCGUCAGCAAUCGGUUCUCCAGUCGUGUGGCCACCAUGACUGGUGGGAUCAUCAUGACAGUCGGUGUUCUCAUCAGUGGCUUUGCGCCAAACCUCAUCUUCCUCUACAUCAGCUAUGGAAUCAUUGGAGGAAUCGGAAGGAGUCUAACCUAUGGCCCUGGCAUAGUGACGGUAGGGCAGUAUUUUGCCAGGAAGCCAGGAAUGGCUGUUGGCAUAGCAACAUCAGGGGCAGGAAUUGGGACAUUCUUCCUUCCACCCUUGGCUGACUUUCUGUUUGAAGAAUUCCAUUUCUUUGGCGCUUUUCUCAUCCUGAGCGGAAUAGCUUUCAACUUCUGCAUUUGCGGGGCUCUGUAUCGCCCACUUGCUCUGCAUAAGGAAAUCCUAGGAUUGGAAAGAAACACCAGUCUGAAGCCUAGUGGAUAUGAUGAUGAUGAUGAUGAUGAUGAUGUAAGAUGUGAUGAAUAUGGAAGAGCAAAAGAGGAAGAUGCAAAGCUUCUUGUUCAACAUGAAGGAGAUGUUGCCAUGACAACACAAGAUACAAGACAAAUGUCUGAAUCUGAAAAAAACGAUAAAGAGAUAUUCACUGAUGGUAGUAUCACACUCAAGCCUACUGGAAACUACGAUGAAACAACUUGCUGGCACAGAACACAAAAAUGUCUUCCAAAGAAAAUUGAGAAACCUAAAAAAAACCAAGAAAAGUCAAAUGUGCUUGAUCUGUCUCUUCUAAAAAAUCUACCUUUUCUGUUUUUUUGUCUUAGUAUUGUUUUGUUUACGAUGUCCUUUAAAUCAGUGUUUACAUUUCUGCCUGCCUUGGCAAAGUCCAGGGGCUGUACUGACAUCGAAGCUGCAUUGUUGUUGUCCAUUGCCGGUGUGCUCGAUACCAUUGGGCGAAUAUUAGUGGGAUUUAUUCUCGAGUUGAAGCAAGUGAGACGAUUCAGACCAUAUGCAUACAGUGGGGUGCUGUUUGUGAUAGCUUUGGCUUCGUUUGUGUGCCCAGCCCUUCACGCUUUCUGGCAGUUUUGUAUAAUAAGUGGAGUGUAUGGCGCCAUGACCGGCGCCUAUGUGUCGCAGAAAGGGGUGGUUGUUGUGGACAUUCUUGGGAUAGAAAAGCUGUCCAGUUCCUUUGGAAUAUUACUGUGUUUUCAGGGAAUCGGAGCUCUCAUUGGGCCUCCUUUAUCAGGAAUGAUGAAAGAUGUGUUCGGUGACUACUCCGAAGCGUUCUACCUUGGUGGGGGGAUGACUGUAUUGGCUGGCAUCAUCAUGGUCGGCUCCAACAUCCUGCUGGUCGCCCAGAGACGGAAACAGUCACCAUCUGUUGAUGCCUGCAAGUCAAACUGACCUGUAGCAUCGAGUUAUCAGUGCUCAUUGCUUGUGAAGGUGAUCUUGUAGCAAUCUUGUAGGGAUCUUGUAGCUUCAUGUAUCUGGUAUGAGGUUACUAUAGUACUAGUGGUAUGCAAGAAGAGGCGAGAGUUUUGUCCCUUUGUGAAUAGACAGUCAAGCUCUUUCCCAGCGUGUAACAUCUUCGUUACACUCUCGGUAACAUCGCUGCCGUCAGUGUGGAAGCCGCCAUUACAAGUAUCUUGAAAUUUGCCCUCUAACCCCAACUGUAAUCACAUUCAUAUUAUCUUUGGUAAUGCCACCAUAGGGAAUUUUCAAAAGGUUUACGACAGACCAGAUUUCCAAUAUGAUUUUACCUUUUUGUUUGUUUAAUCAUAUUGGUUCAAGAUUGCAGACGAUUGGAAAAUACUAAUGAUUCAAGACUAACUGUUACUAUUUUCACAAGUCAGUUAUCUUCAUAUAUCUGUUAACUGCACAUAUCACAUGUAUUCAUAUACCAACAAAUCUGAUUUUUUCACAUAUCUUCACAUAUCAGUUUUCACAUAUCUUCACAUCAGUUUUCACAUCAGUUUUCACAUAUCUUCACAUCUGUUUUCACAUCAGUUUUCACAUAUCUUCACACAUCAGUUUUCACAUAUCUUCACAUCUGUUUUCACAUCAGUUUUCACAUAUCUUCACAUAUCAGUUUUCACAUAUCUUCACAUCAGUUUUCACAUCAGUUUUCACAUAUCUUCACAUAUCAGUUUUCACAUAUCUUCACAUCUGUCUUCACAUCAGUUUUCACAUAUCUUAACAUCAGUUUUCACAUAUCUUCACAUCUGUUUUCACAUCAGUUUUCACUUAUCUUCACAUCAGUUUUCACAUAUCUUCACAUCUGUUUUCACAUCAGUUUUCACUUAUCUUCACAUCAGUUUUCACAUAUCUUCACAUAUCAGUUUUCACAUAUCUUCACAUCUGUCUUCACAUCAGUUUUCACAUAUCUUCACAUCAGUUUUCACAUAUCUUCACAUCUGUUUUCACAUCAGUUUUCACAUAUCUUCACAUCAGUUUUCACAUAUCUUCACAUCAGUUUCACAUCAGUUUUCACAUAUCUUCACAUCAGUUUUCACAUCAGUUUUCACAUAUCUUCACACAUCAGUUAUCUUCAUAUAUAAGAUAGCUACUAGGGGUGACUGCUACUGCGAUAACUAUUGUUAUUGCAAGCACCUAUUGUGAUAAAUAUCAACAGUUUUCAGUGUAUCAUUUUAGAUGCAUUUUAGAGUUGAAUUAAACCUUGGAACUGAAGUUUCCUUUGAAUGUGAUAACCAUAACAAAUAAAAAGU